AUGAGCGACACGGAGAAGGCUGCGGCCUCGCAUACAUCAGACCCAGGCACGCAAGAUAUUCCGCGUGACCCUGAUGCGCAUCUCAGUGAAGAAGAGAGGCUUCAAGUCCUAUGCAUCCUCUACCUCUUAGCUUUCCUCGACAGAACCAACAUUGGAAAUGCGAAAAUCGCUGGUCUGAACAAAGACCUGGGAUUGACGAGCUCCAUGUACAACUCGUCGCUCACCAUCUUCUUCGUCUCGUAUGCGGUAUUCGAGCCCUUGACGAACAUCCUGCUCAAGAAGUUGCGGCCAUCAAUCUUUAUUCCAAUCAUCAUGAUUCUCUGGGGUGCAUCGAUGACGGGCAUGGGAUUCGUACACAACUGGAGUGGGUUGAUGGCUGCACGCUGGUUUUUGGGUCUUACCGAGGCUGGGCUUUUCCCUGGUGUCAACUACUACCUGUCGUGUUGGUACAAGAGAUCAGAAUUCGGCAUUCGUGCUGCCAUCUUCUUCUCAGCAGCAGCCAUCUCGGGCUCAUUCGGCGGUGCCCUCGCAGCAGGAAUCGAGCAAAUGGCCGGCGUCGGCGGCCGCCCGGGCUGGGCAUGGAUCUUCAUUCUGGAGGGCCUCCUUACCGUGAUCUUCGGUGUCGCGUCCUUCUGGAUGGUCCACGACUUCCCCGAUGAGGCUAAGUUUCUCUCUGACGACGAUCGGGCCCGCGUCAUCCGCCGUCUCAAGAUGGACCAGCAGGCUUCUGCCAACCAUGAAGAGUUCAAGAUGACCUUCUUCUGGCAGGCCGUAAAGGACUGGAAGAUGUGGCUGGGAAUGGUCAUCUACAUGGGCUGCGACAUGCCGCUGUACGCCUUCAGCCUGUUCUUGCCUACUAUCGUCAACGAACUUGGAUGGAAUACGAGUAUCGUACGAUCGCAACUGAUGACGGUUCCGCCUUAUGCUGCGGCGGCGAUUUUCACCAUCUUUAUCGGAUAUGUGGCGGACAGGACGAAACAACGUGGCCUAUGUAAUAUUGGUGUCAGUCUCAUCGGCAUAGUAGGCUUCUGCAUGCUCAUUGCCACCGAAAGCGCCCAGGUCAAGUAUGCUGGCACCUUCCUCGGAGCUCUGGGGAUCUACCCGUGUAUCGCCAACACCAUCACCUGGGUGGCCAACAACAAUGAAGGCGUCUACAAGCGUGGCGUGGUGUUAGGGUUCGUGAUUGGAUGGGGAAACCUGAACGGUAUCGUCAGCUCCAACAUUUACUUCCACGGCCCGAGGUUCCCAGAGGGCCACGGCGUUGUAUUGGCGUACAUGUCCAUCUUCCUGUGCGGUGGCAGUGCUCUCAUGACGACAUUGCUGAGGAUCGAAAAUAAGAAGAGGAGGGAGGGGAAGAGAGAUCACUGGGUUGAGAAUAAGUCUGAGAAAGAGAUCGAGGCGCUCGGGGACAAGAGGCCGGACUUCCAGUACACUUUGUAA